AUGUCUCAGGGAAGAGGCAGUGCAAUCCUUGGUGCAGCUAUGGUGCUGUGCCUGCUGGUGCUCCACUGCGAGGUAGCUCAAGCAGCUACCUACACGGUUGGUGGUGCUGGCGGUUGGACCUUUAACACAGAUUCCUGGCCCAGAGGCAAGCGCUUUAGGGCCGGUGACAUUCUCGUGUUCAACUACAAACCAUCAAGCCACAACGUAGUAGCUGUAAACAAGGGUGGUUACGGCGCUUGCACCACCCCUCGCGGAGCCAAAGUGUAUGGGACAGGAAAAGAUCAGAUCAAGCUUGUUAAGGGACAGAACUACUUCAUCUGCAAUUUUCCAGGUCACUGCCAGUCUGGAAUGAAGAUAGCUAUCACUGCAGCUUAA